AUUCCAGUGAACGUAGAGGGCGCCCUACUCAAACUUCAUGCGCGAAUUCAAGCAAAUCAAGAGGCGAGUGUCGUAAAUCAAUCUGGAGUUGAUUGCGCACUGCAGCACGUUCUUUACAGCAGGCCUCCAAACUUCGCUAGGUUGAAGCAUGUUCGGAACAAGCGCAGGAUUGGGUGGGGCCACCGGUGGCUCGGGCUUAUUCGGUCAAACCACGGGGGCGCCGGGCGGUUCCCACAAUCCCAUGAAAGACUUUGAGGUCACCAGUCCACCUGACGACAGCAUCAGCUCACUGGCCUUCAGUCCGGACACCCUACCCACAACAUUUCUGAUUGCUGGGUCGUGGGACAACAACGUGCGGUGUUGGGAGGUUCAGAGUACUGGGGCCACCGUACCCAAGGCACAGCAGACCCACCAGGGACCGGUUCUGGAUGUCUGCUGGAAUGAUGACGGGACAAAGGUCUUUUCGGCAUCUUGUGACAAAACAGCGAAGAUGUGGGAUUUAAACAGUAACCAGGCCAUCCAAGUCGCGCAGCAUGAUGCACCCAUCAAGACAAUCCACUACAUCAAGUCCCCUAACUAUUCCUGCAUUAUGACUGGAAGCUGGGAUAGAACACUCAAGUUUUGGGACACCAGAUCGUCAACCCCGAUGGCAAAUAUCCAGCUCAGUGAGCGAUGCUACUGUGCUGAUGUGGUCUACCCUUUGGCUGUGGUCGGCCUUGCCGGCAAGAAGAUCAACUUAUAUCGACUGGAAAGCGGUCCACAGGAGGUGAAAAUAAAUCAGGACUCUCCGCUGAAAUUCCAGCAUCGAUGUGUAGCAAUAUUUCAAGACACCAAGAAGACUGGUCCAGCUGGCUAUGCCUUAGGGAGCAUAGAAGGCCGAUGCGCCAUCCAGUUUGAACCCGCUGCAACUCCCAAAGACAACUUCACAUUCAAGUGCCACCGAUCCAACGGCACCUCCUCUUACUCUUCCUAUCAAGACAUCUACGCUGUCAACUCCAUAGCCUUUCACCCGGAGCAUGGCACGCUUGCCACUGCUGGCUCCAACGGCAAGUUCAGUUUCUGGGACAAGGACGCCCGGACAAAGCUGAAGACGUCAGAAGAAAUGGAGAACCCCAUCACUGCCUGCACAUUUGACGCCAAGGGCAAUAUAUUUGCCUACGCAGUCAGCUACGACUGGUCAAAGGGCCAUGAAUUCUACAAUCCUCAGAAAAAGAACUACAUCUUCCUGAGAGGGCAUGCCAUGGAGGAGCUACGGCCCAGGAACAGGAAGAGAUAAACUGGCAAAAUCCACUGCCUGACAUUACAACCCUUGGUUACCAUGGCAGCCAGGAGGAUGUGUUCCCGUGGUAAUUGCCAUCACCGACAGCCAUGGAGAUUCUCAGCACCGACUGUCCGUCUUAAUCUUCUGUUUUUUUUUUAGUUCUUCAAGACUUUCCAGCAAGUUCUCUCUGAGAGACUGACAGCAGGAGACAGGGAGCAGAAGAAAGGUUUUAAUAUUGAGGUAAUUUGGGGGGGGGUAGGUCAAAGGAGGUCAGAUGAGGGAAGUGGGUGUUCCUUUCUUCAUGCAAGAUGGUAUUAAUCAUUGCUGCGAUGUAUCUGCAGCAUCCUUGUUGGUAACUGUCAUGGACAAAGCGCAAAGCAGUGAAAUCCAAACUUGCCAAGUCAGCUUGGCAAUUAGACAUUUCAUGACAGGUCCUUUGUUUUAUUAAGAGAAAUUGCACAACAGACACGUCAAACUUGUGAUUUGAACCAAAGCCGAACAGUAAUUAGUCCGGCUGACAUAGCCUCUCAGGAAGCAAUGGACUUGGUAAUGACUGGGAAAAAACAGCUGACACCCCCCCACUCUGAAAAAAACCCCCAAAUUUCGAACAGAAUUCCUUGUCAUAAAUGCUUCUUAUCAUUCCUGAAUCUGUGAGUCUUAUCAACAUGAGGACCAAAUAAUGAUUUGGUGAAAUCCUGAUUUAUAAACUAUAAACCAAGGCUGAACACAGAGAGAAAUCUCCCUGCCCCCUUGUUAGUUCGUUCUCUUCAGAAAGUAUGAGAUGGCAUAUUUUCUGCUGAAUUUUCUCAGCCCAGUUGUUCACGAUGAAGAGGAAUUCAUACAAAUCCAUAAAGGUGUCAUAAAUUGCUUGAGCUCGUCAAGGAGUCGGAACUUGGAGUAGGGAUUGCAUGGACUAGACUCAAAACUUUGUGGAAUUUCUUAAAAACAUGUGGCCAACAUUUUUUGUUUUCAUGACCCAAAUAAAAAAUUUCCCAAGUUCAAAAACAACUUGCUUUGGAUUUAAUUUUUCCCAAAGCAUUCACAAAUGGAAGCGUCACUUUUUGUCUUCUGUUUAAUUCAUAUUUGAAUUGUGGUGUUUUUUCAUUUAUUUUCACUCUUACGACAGUUACGUCUCCGAGUUACUACCCAAGCUAUAUGUUAAGUUAUGCACGUGUUUAUGUUUACUGUCCACCUGAAUGUAAAUAGUUGUUGAUGUAACUUUGAAUGAAUGUCCAUACUCAUACCCCAAUAUGCUUCAAAUUUUGUAAAAGAUAAACUAACAGGCUUAAGACUGGCCAUUUUUGUUGGGUUUGGGUUACUUCUUCAAAUCCGCAAACAGAGAAAGGUAAAAUGUGAAAGGAUUUACAUGUAGGUACAUGUGUAAUGGAUACAAAAAUAAGGCUGUCAGUUGAGGGUCGUAGGUCAUCCUGACGGGAGGAUUUGCUGAAUGCCAAAAGGAGCAUUUCCUUAAAGUCUGUUUUUCGAGGUUGGUAUUAUGAAAACACAAGCAACAGAACUGAAUUAUGUCAGAAAAAAAUGUAGGUGGAAAUUUUAGCAGUAUUUGAGAAAGACUUACAAAAAAGUUCAGCUUUGAGGAAUUGUUGAAAACUUGAAAUAACAUUGGUGGAAAAUGUUUGAAAAAUGGAUUUUUUUGUCCUGAAGGCACUCCAUUUCCUCUACUCUUAAUUCAUUUACGAAGCCAACCUUAAACAUGAGUUGGUGCUUUUGUUGUACGCUUUCUGUAUGGGGGCUCGGUGGAACGUGUCUCCCUACAUUGCCAUAGCAAGGCCUGAAGAUUACAUGAAAAUACCUGACAUGACGUCAAUGUGAUGCCAGUCAAUUUCCAAUAGAAGGACAGAAUUACCUAGCAGUAAGUGGACCAUAAUUACAGGGCCUUGCCCAGUUAGCAGUGCUGGGUCCAUGCUAUUGCCAUGAUAGGGAUAAAAGGACACUUUGAGAACGGUACCACGGUAGACUAGAAACCUUGCAUUAAUUGAUUCUCCCCACAUGAGGCCAAUGAAAUUUGAUUUAUUGUUCCUCGUCCGGUUUUUUUUCAGAUGUAGAUGCGAUUUCUUUUUUAAUUACUCAUUAUUCCUUAUUUUUCUGUCAUGGGAAAAAUAAUACCAUUUCGCAUGCAUAAAUAGCAACGUGCCCACGGGCAGUCGGGCUCCAGAUUUUUUUGUGUUCUGAAGUCUGGGAUUGCCGGAACGUAACUUUCCAUUGUUUGGAGUUAAAUUUUCCGUCAAGUUUCGUCUUUUUUUUUCUCAAAUAUGAAUAACGAAAAUUUUUGGUAAGGGGCCAAAAUCACAUGCGGGCACUGACGAGAAACAAUAGAUCUAAUUUCAUUAGCCUAAUUACGCGGCUUGGGACAGUGUGAAUUAUGGUCGUAUGUUUACCAACAGCAAUCGAAAAUCAUUAAUGAAAAUUUUUUUGUCCGAUGGGUUAUUCAGUAAUUACGUUACCCUGAUUCUGGGGUAGCCAACGCGACAGAUGAAUCGAGUGACCUUAAGGUGAAUUCUUGUCCCAAGAUUUAUCUAGCGGUUGUUGUCUUUGUGUUAAAUCGCAGUCUUUUGUCUGAAUCCUUGACGGUGUAGGACUUCGAUGCCACUUUCCUGCGAUGUGGAGCUCAAAUAGAGCUGAUCCGUCCAAGAUAGUAACCAAGCUGAAACCCUACGGUGGAGAUACCGAUUUCUCAUCCACCUGCCCUCCUACCAACACGGCCUAUAGAUUUGACCUGUAAUGCAGUUGACACUGAAUCUAUUUAAAAACGUGUUGCUGUUGCGGGCCCACUUACGGCUAAUUUGGAUGCCUGAUGUUUGUAAAUGAUAGAUCUAAAAUUGAACAGUCUUGUUGGAAGUGUUACUGUAUUUGAGACAUCAAUCUUUGGGCCCUGCGGACAAAAACACUUAAGAAAAAGAAGGAAAUUUCAUCAACGGAAAUAAUCGUUUGUUCAUUCUAGCUGAUAAAAAUCUGAACUUUUCUAUGGGGCUGGAAUUUGAAAAGCAAAAGAUUCAAACCCCAUUAAAAAAAUGGAACUCACCAAAAAGGAAACUCAUACCGUUCAAGAAGAAAUCGAACAUAUUUACAAUCAAAGUGAAACCGUAAGAUUUACAAACGUAAAUAGACAGUAGGAUGAAGACGAGAACCCAUGGUAUAUAAAGUCUCUCAUCGAUCCGGAAUAUUUCAGAUUUUUAUUGCUUUUUAUUGCUGCUUUUCCAAAUACCUAAAAACUGUUAACAGGAUAGAAAGGUUAUUCUUCUGUCGUGUAUUUGCUUCCACUGGAUCAAAAGGCGGUAAACCUCCUUGCACCGUGGGCAGUACUGUGCUAGCGCCUUAUCUCGGUUUUUACUUCCCUAAGAUCAGACUGUAUAAUCAUCUGUGGGCUAUGAGUAACCUCUUCGUAGAUGCUCUGAAACCCAAAGAUUGCGUGUUCGAGUCCGAGGCAGACGUCCCCGAGGUUUUAUCUUGGGGUUUAAUACUAACAACAGAUCUAUACCUGAUAUAUAUAAAGUUUGAGAGUCAUUCUCAGACAUGCCGGUGGCCUGGAGGUAAGGUGCGGAGUUUCUGUUCAACGGAGCUGAGUUCGAAUCCGGGGCAAGUCAACGUUUUUGCUUUUCGAUCAUUUAACACAGUCUUUUAGAUAAAUAUAUGAAAACAGCGUUUCUUUCUGGGGACCCAGAUUGGGUAGCCGGUAGAGGUCUCGGCUGUGGAACGAAACGACCCAGGUUCGAGUCCCGCCCCGGGCAGAGAUGCCCGGUGGAGGGAACCGGCCUUCGGUCGGAGAUCCGUGGCGGUCGUCUAGCUAACUAGAUAAAAUAAAAUAAAAUAAAAUGGAAUUUUA